AUGCCGUUAAAUGUAUCGACAAAUCGACCACGAGUUUCCAUCACUCGACUACUUUUGACCUUUAGUAUCUCUGUAUUCACUCCUGGUGUUUUUUGCUCCUUUGCUGGUUACGACAUCUUUCGCGAUUCCCGCCUCGCCACGACGGAACAAGUCCGUAUCAAUACGUUUGAUGGUCUGACUUUGCGACACGUCUUCCAUCAUGGUGCUGGACAACCUGGACCACGCGCGAGAAGACUGGACGUAACACCGGAGCGAGUAGCGCAGACUGAUGCUGAGUCCCAACUCGGACCAUUUAUUGUUAAAACAUCUCCCAUUCUUAUUGAGCGACCUGCACUCGAAGCUCAUGAUGCUAAAACUCCGAUGUCCUCCUUAUGGAUCGCCGAGGAUGUCCAGGGCCCGGAUGUCGAAGACAAAGCGACAAUUCUCAGCCUUGCUUCCAUGUCAGAAGACGCGUACAAGCCAGGACGCAGUGAUCCAGACUGGAUUGAUAUUGACGAGAAAUAUAACUCUUCGGUGCCAUUUGGUUGGGACGACAGCGGGAUCAGAGGUCACGUAUUUACCGACAGUACGAACUCAACCAUUGUACUUGCAGUAAAGGGAACCUCAAUUGCAAUGUUUGACGGAAAUGGCACAUCCGGACGUGACAAAGAGAAUGACAACCUCUAUGGAUCCUGUUGUUGCGGCCAAGGCGGCUCCUAUCUUUGGAAAAAAGUUUGCGACUGCCAAACCGGAACUUACUCUUGUGAUGACAAGUGUGUUCGAGAAGAGUUGAAGAAACCAAACAGGUAUUAUGCCGCGACGCUAGAGUUGUACGAAGAGGUCCUUCAGCUUUAUCCGAAUGCAAAUAUAAUUGCGACUGGACACAGUCUAGGAGGAGUUCUAGCCUCGCUAAUGGGCUUGCAACAUGGGAUCCCCGCCGUCACAUUUGAGGCGUAUCCCCAAGCCAUGGCAGCAAAACGGCUUGGGCUCCCUACUGCGGGUGAUGUAGCCCCUCUCAGAAAGAAUACUGGUGGUUUUCACUUUGGCCACACCGCGGACCCAAUUUACAUGGGAACUUGUAAUGGUGCUUCGACUUUCUGUACGCUUGCCGGCUAUGCAUUUGAGACGGUCUGUCAUACGGGGAAGAGAUGUGCGUACGACGUCGUCAAAGACUGGGGCUGGAGGCAAAGCACAUCGACCCAUCGUUUGAGAUACGCUAUCGACAAUGUGUACCAGGUGUACGACAAGGCAGCUACAUGUGUAGAUGAGGCUGUUGACUGUGUCGACUGCUUUUUGUGGAAAUACGAGGACGGAACGCAUACAAAGCCAACGACCACGACCAUCGCGACAAGCACGACGUCGUCCUUAACGCGUACAGAGACUUGCAAGACGCCUGGAUGGUGGGGCUGCCGCGACGAGACUACUUCAACACAAGUAUCUACCACAUCUGCUUCCACGGCUAGCACAACUACAACCAUAUCCAGCAGUACAAGCACAAGUACUUGUCAGACGGUAUGUGAUGACAUAUUGUGUUUUGCGUAUUCCACUGAUUGUAAUAGCCCGGUUGGUUCGGUUGCAAAGACAAGACGACAACCACAGUUUCUACUUCCUCGACUGAUGCACCGACAACUUGCACAAGCAAAAACUGGAUAG